AAAUGCUGAAGGCUACUGGGAAGUUUUCACAAAUGAGGAAUUAGAAGAACGUGUUUACUAAUCUACAGAAAAAGGGGAAGAAGAAACUGAAACAGCCUGCGAUGUAGACAUAGAAAAGUGAUGAGGAUGAUGUGUAUAAAAUUGUGAAGGUCUUAAAAGACAGAGCCGUGGAAUAUAGACCUCGGGUGGAGCUCAGCAUAAAGUCAUCCAGAGGAUUAUAAAACUGCUGCACAACAAACGGAUGAGUUAAAAAAGACUCCGACUUCUGAAUACGAUGUUUUUCCAAAAGAACUGGGCAGAAGACCUUUCAGCUGUGGAAGCCUCUGAACCAUUUCCUCCUCCCGACAUCUAACUGCCAGGGUUGUCAUAGUGAUCCAGGACCAUCUCCUGACACACCAGAAGGUCAGCAGUAACCUAAGGCCUAUGCCAUUCACCUCACUUCAUUGCAGCACAUCUCAUCACGUAGCCUGUUACCAUCGGAAGAAGACUUUUGCAAGCAUUUGGAUAAUGUGAGAGUUGGGAUGCAGGGAUGUCGACCAUCUGCCCACCACCAUCUCCUGCUGUAGCCAAGACAGAGAUUGCUUUAAGUGGUGAAUCACCGUUGUUGGCAGCUACCUUUGCUUACUGGGAUAAUAUUCUCGGUCCUAGAGUAAGGCACAUUUGGGCUCCAAAGACAGAACAGGUACUUCUCAGUGAUGGAGAAAUAACUUUUCUUGCCAACCACACUCUAAAUGGAGAAAUUCUUCGAAAUGCAGAGAGUGGGGCUAUAGAUGUAAAGUUUUUUGUCUUAUCUGAAAAAGGAGUAAUUAUUGUUUCAUUGAUCUUCGACGGAAACUGGAAUGGAGAUCGGAGCACUUAUGGACUAUCAAUUAUACUUCCGCAGACAGAACUUGGUUUCUACCUCCCACUUCAUAGGGUGUGUGUUGACAGAUUAACACACAUCAUUCGCAAAGGAAGGAUAUGGAUGCAUAAGGAAAGACAAGAAAGUGUCCAGAAAAUUGUCUUGGAAGGCACAGAGAGAAUGGAAGAUCAGGGUCAGAGUAUCAUUCCCAUGCUUACUGGGGAAGUCAUUCCUGUGAUGGAGCUGCUUGCAUCUAUGAAGUCACACAGUGUCCCCGAAGAAAUCGAUAUAGCUGACACCGUGCUCAAUGACGAUGACAUUGGUGACAGCUGUCACGAAGGCUUUCUUCUCAACGCCAUCAGCUCCCAUCUGCAGACCUGUGGCUGUUCUGUCGUGGUAGGCAGCAGUGCAGAGAAAGUAAAUAAGAUAGUGAAAACGUUAUGCCUUUUUCUGACUCCAGCAGAGAGGAAAUGCUCCAGGUUGUGUGAAGCAGAAUCAUCCUUUAAAUAUGAAUCAGGACUCUUUGUACAAGGCCUGCUAAAGGAUGCAACGGGAAGCUUCGUCUUACCCUUCCGGCAGGUUAUGUAUGCUCCGUAUCCAACCACGCACAUUGAUGUGGAUGUCAAUACUGUCAAGCAGAUGCCACCAUGUCAUGAACAUAUUUAUAAUCAACGCAGAUAUAUGAGAUCAGAGCUGACAGCCUUCUGGAGGGCAACUUCAGAAGAGGACAUGGCUCAGGACACCAUCAUCUACACAGAUGAAAGCUUCACUCCUGAUUUGAAUAUUUUCCAAGAUGUCUUACACAGAGAUACUCUAGUGAAAGCCUUCCUGGAUCAGGUCUUCCAUUUGAAACCUGGCCUGUCUCUCAGGAGCACUUUCCUUGCGCAGUUCCUACUGGUUCUUCACAGAAAAGCCUUGACACUAAUCAAAUACAUAGAGGACGAUACGCAGAAGGGGAAAAAGCCCUUUAAAUCUCUUCGGAACCUGAAGAUAGAUCUUGAUUUAACAGCAGAGGGCGAUCUUAACAUAAUAAUGGCUCUAGCUGAGAAAAUUAAGCCAGGCCUACACUCUUUCAUCUUUGGGAGACCUUUCUACACUAGUGUACAAGAACGUGAUGUUCUAAUGACUUUUUAAAUAUGUGGUUUGCUGUGUAUAUCUUAUCACAGUCAGGCUUGCUGUUACAGUAGCUCAGUGGUGUGGACACACUGUUCCUCCAGGGCCCUGCUCUAGGAGUUAGUUACACUACACUUGUCGUAGAGGCCUGUCCAGGGAUGUCAGGUGCAUCGUUACAGUGAAUGUCUCUUUUCCUAGAAUAGAUGUAUUCUGUUAGGGACUUAUGUUUACAGUUAUCCUAAAUACUAUUGCUGUCUUUUAAAGAUAUGAAUGAUAGAUUAUAAACUUGACAUAACUGCUGUUUUUUUUUUUAAACUUAUGAUUCAUCGUUUACGUGUAUCACAGUGAAACCCUACUUAGCUUUCGCAGAUACAGUGCGAGUUGACUUUCUGUCCCUCAGUGUCCCGUGGUGUGUAGGAUUACAUACUUCUGCAACAACUGAAAAUUAGAGCCUUUCAAGUUUCCAGUUCCACAGCAAGGAACUUAGCUUGACUAUAGAUUAGCGUUUGGAAGAAGGCAUUGAUAAAGCAGAGUUCUGGGUGAAAUCAGUUGUUAGCUCUUCCUUUAUAGACUUAGUCUUCCAGAUGCAGUCUGUAUAGAAAUGCCAAGCAGUCAUGUGUGGUCACUGAAUAUCGUGAACCGUGGUAUGCUUUCUGUUGGUUUAUUGUAACUUUGUCAAAGAAAGUGGCAUUUUGUUUUUGUAAUUGUUGCCAACUUUUAAAAUUAAUUUUCAUUAUUUCUGAGCCAAAUUAAAAUGUGCACCUCCUGUGCCUUUCCCAGUCUUGGAAAUGUAAUUUCUUGGCGGAGGGUCAGAUUUCACUGCUCAGUCGUCUCCAUCUGACUUAUCUUGUGCACUGUCUGCAGUGUGCCUGGCUUGGAACUCCUUGUAAAAUAUGUCAGAGAAUACAUGAGCUGAUAAGAUCUUUCUAGAUCUGAAAAGUUUCUUGCCUCCUUCCUUACGUUUUUGCCUGGAUUCUGUGGUGUUUUCCACGUUGCCUGCAUCACAAGAACAGCAGGAGAACUCUGACCCCAGUACUCUUUUUCUAGGUGCUAUUAUGGCAAGCUCAGUGGUCUGUGUUUGGUACUGUAAUGUUUGACCAUCUUGCUGGCUGUGAAAUACUGAUCAGUAGAGUUCUGUGCUAGAGUAGUGUUGACAUAGGAGUAUGCAUAAACACAAAUAAGUAUUUUAUUUAAAACUGGACUUAACAGAAAAGGGAGAAUAUAUUUAUUUUUUACAAAAGGGAUAAAAAUAGAGCCCUUUCCCCACCCACCAAAUUUAGCAAGAAAAAAAAGUUCUAUUCUGAAAGGUCACAGUGGCUGUGACAGUACAAAUCAGAAAAGUGUAGACAUCUUGAUUUUUAAACACACACUGACCAGGAUGGCUUAUGAACUCCAAGCCGCUCAGUUGUGGUAAAAUGUGUAGAUCUCACCUUUCCGUGUCCCACACUCAUUACUUUACACAAUAGAGUCUUAUUUAAGUGCUAAUUGUUUUCUUUCGCUGGUUUACUGUGUUGCUAUAGAGAAUGUAAGUUGUACAGUGAAAUAAGUUAUUGAAGCAUGUGUAAACACUGUUAUAUAUCCUUUCUCCUAGAUGGGGAAUUUGGAAUAAAAUACUUUUGAAAUUC